GACUAUAGGGUAGCAGCAAGGCAGAGGAGUAAAGCUGCUGCUUCAGCCCAAAACGUGGUACAGACUCUUGUGGAAUUUAGACUUACUGGCUGCUGAGCAUCACGAAACAUGGAUAUGCUUAGUCAAGCCUCACCGGGGAGCCACACUGGCAUUCCAGAGCUGCGCUUAAUUCUAGUAGGCAACAUGGGCUGUGGAAAGACCCUGACAGCUGACACGCUUCUGAAUGACAGCUCGAGCAGCAGCUCCUUGGUGUCAACACGGCAGAAUGAGGUCAGGUCCGGAGUGUCAGAAGGACAACCCCUCAAAGUGGUCGAGACACCACGCUGGUACUGGAAAGGCGAGCACAUUGACAUCAGUGUAAAGAGAGAGACCGAGAAAGCUCUAGGCCUGGUGGCACCAGGGCCACACGCCUUCCUCAUCCUUGUACCCGUAGGUCAGUUUACUGAGAUGGAGGGCCGAAUUCCUGCUGAGCUGGAGUGUAUAUUUGGCAAGGGCGCACUGGAACACUCCAUCGUGCUGCUCACCUGCGGAGAUUAUCUGAUAGGGAGAGACCAUGAGCGGUACAUGAGGCUGGAUGAACCUGGACUCAGUGCCAUGGUGAAUGAUUGUGGAGGACGCUGGCAUGUGAUCAAUAACCGCAAACCAGAUGACAGGCAGCAGGUCAUAUCACUGUUGGAGAAGGUGAAGAAGCUGAUUGAGCGCUCUGGCAGCUGUUAUACACCAAGUGGCAUGCAGAGAGAGGAAAGUGACCUCAACAGGAGGUACAGCCUGCAAGAGGAGCACUUUGUGCACCCGAACCAAAUAACGUGGAGCAAGGAGGAGACGUGGGACGAGUCGGGGAGGAGAGGGAAAAUUAGAGUCAGAAGCAUGGGGCCGGCGGCAGGCAGGCUGAGAUCACAGCAGCUGGCCAAUGGGCUUUAUUCUCAGCCCUGGAACGACGACUCGUCUGUAGUCCACAAAAAGCGUUCCAGUUUCUCUUUGAGUAAAGAGGGCGCCAUUCUCAGUCAUCUCUCAGAGGCAGAACAACCAGUCAGAAACCAGAACAACCAGAACUUCGUUAACACCAUCCAUUACCACCUCAACACCACUGAUGACAUCAGCACAUCUGUCUUAUCACCCACAGCUUCUUCUUCUGCUGCUUUCGGACAUUCACCCUCCACUGGCUUCUCCUCCUUUUCUUCACCUGAUUUUUCCCGAUCCUCCUCUACCAAGAUCUCUUCUUCCUCUUUAAGUACUCGUGCCCCUUCCUCCUCCACUAAUGUCUCCUCUUACUCAUCUUCCACAUAUUCCUAUUCCCCUACCAAUCCCCCCUUAUCUGCCUCUUCUACUGCAUUGUCCUAUUCCUCUUUCCCUACCACCACCUCUGCUUCUUCCUCCACCAAUGCCUCAUCCUUCUUCUCUUCUAAUGCUUUGUCCUCUUCCUCCACUGCCAUCUCCUCUUCCCCCACCAAUGCAUCCAUCUCUUCCCCCUCUACUGCCUUCUCCACUUCCGAUACUCUCUCAUCCUUCUCUCCCAAAACCAAUUCCACUUACUCCUCCACUGCAGUCUCCUCUUUUCCCGGUGUCGAUGACUCCUUCACAUCCUCCUCCACUGCCUUCUCCACUUCUUCUUCCAGCACUAAUGACUUUUUCUCAUCCUCCUCCACUGCUUUAUUGUCUCGCGCCACCCCUGCCCAACUUUCCUCCUUCUCCAGCAGUUCCUCUGCAUCCUCAGAUGACCUGAGGCUGGUUCUGCUAGGUCGGACUGGGUCUGGAAAGAGUGUAGCUGGGAAUGCCAUUCUGGGCAGAGAUGAGUUUAAGCUCCGAAGAGAUGAUGCCACUGGUGCCACCACACAGUCAUGUGUGAAAGGAACCACUGUGAUUGGACAGAAACAAGUGUCAGUGGUGGACACUCCAGACUUGUUCUCAUCCAGCUGUUCCCCAGAGAACAUGGCAACCCAUCUGUCCUCCUGUAUGGAUCUGUGUGCCCCAGGCCCUCAUGCCUUUCUUUUGUGUGUCCCUGUAACCCUGCCUGGCCGCUCAAACUUGCAUGACCUGGGCUCCCUACGGAAUUCCUUUGGUUCUGAAGCCAUCCUACGCCAUACCUUGGUCCUCUUUACACACUCAGACAUGCUAAAGGAUGAAAAUGUGGAGGAAUACAUUGCAGCCAAGCGGCCUGAGUUGCUAGAGUUGGUGGAGAAGUGUGGCGACCGUUACCAUGUGCUAAAGCAAGAAAGGAAUGGAAAGAACAUUGAGGAACUACUUGAAAAAGUGGAGCAGGUAGUGAAGGAAAGCGGAGGAAGGCAUUACAGUUCUCAGGGACAGAAUGAGAUUGGUAGUGGAACGAUGACACAGUUGCGGAAAGGCAGAGGAGGAGAUGACAUUGUUGACCGAUCUCUCCCAGGCACUCUUCAUUCUCUGAGAGAAGAAGAAGAAGUUGAGCAAGAAGAGAAAAAUGCAAAACAAGUGGGAUCCAUAGCUUCAUCAGUCACCACUUUGCUCGGCUCUGUCCUUCAAUUUGUUGGGUAUAAGGUGAGUGAAGGUGCCAAGCAGGUGCCUAAGCUGGUGGCUGGAGGAGCAGUCCUAGGGGGUGUGCUUGGGCUGUAUGUUGGAGGACCUGUAGGGGGUGCUGUUGGGGCUACAGCAGGAUCUGUGGCUACAGAAUACGGAAGACGAAAAUACAACAAACCCAAAACAGACUGAUGUAUAGAAGUGGACAAAUUAUUGCAAUGCUUUUUAUAAUCUCUGCAAUUUUUAAUUCACUGCUAAAGCUGUUCUAUAUUAAUAUGAUUUGACAACAAAACAUGUACAGGGGUCAGAAUCUUGGUGGCCACAACUACCAAGUUACCACUGUUGGGCCCCUAAGAAAGGCCCUUAACUCUCUACUGCUCAGAUGUAUAAUGAAAUAAAAUUGUAAGUCGCUCUGGAUAAGGGCGUUUGCCAAAUGUAAAUGUAAGUACAAUCUGCAAACAUCUUCCUAAAGCCUACAUGUAAUAUAUGUUUUUUUAUUAUACAGACUACAGUGAUUUUAGUGGUUUGUUUUAUUGUCUUUUACCAACAUGAGGUGCAACUGCAAUAAAGUUUUUACCAUGUAAAUAAGCAAGCUAAAAAAAUGAAUAAAUAAAAACAGAAAAUUCUGAAACAAAGGAUAUUUGCAACCAAAAUUCUGCUAUUAGUCUGUUAAAGAUUGUUUUUAUUUUAGCUGAACAGUUCGGGAUUCACAAUUAAUGUAUUAUCUUAUAUACAAU